AAGAAGAAUUACAGAAGCGUGGCGAGGAGCGGAGAGUUGCAGUCUCGGUCGCUCGCUCUCCCUCUCUCUGUGUGUCUAUCUAUCUAUACCCACUCGAUCUUGUUUGAAAAUGGAUUCGCUCGCUGGCAUCAAGCUGUCCUUUGGCUGCUCUCUGUUCGUCAGCUUGUGGGUGUGUGUCGCCGCCGCUCAUCCCCACAAUUGUGACAAUCACCUUGUAUCUGGCCUGCCUCCGUCGGCAUUCAGCUCCUCCUCAGCGUUAUCUGCCAGCCACAGCCCCAGCUUUGCAAAGCUGAACAGGCGAGAUGGUGCAGGUGGAUGGUCUCCACUGGAUUCGAACAAAUACCAAUGGUUACAAAUAGAUCUGGGCGAGAGAACAGAAAUCUCUGCCCUCGCAACCCAAGGUCGAUAUGGGAGUUCAGAUUGGGUGACGAGUUAUGCACUGAUGUUCAGUGACACUGAGAGAAAUUGGAAACAGUACCGGCAAGAAGACAACACUUGGGCUUUCCCAGGAAACUCCAAUGCUGACAGCGUUGUGCACUACAAACUACAGUAUUCCGUCAGAGCCAGGUAUCUUCGCUUUGCGCCUCUCGAGUGGAAUCCUAAUGGUAGAAUAGGACUGAGGGUAGAGGUAUACGGCUGCUCCUACAAGUCGGACGUGGCGGACUUUGACGGCAGAAGCUCCCUGCUCUACAGAUUCAACCAGAAGAGUGUGAGUACCGUCAAAGACAUGAUCUCCCUCAAGUUCAAAACGUUUCAGAGUGAUGGCGUGAUGCUGCAUGGAGAGGGACAAAGGGGAGACUACAUCACACUUGAGCUGAAGGAAAGCAAGCUGUCUUUGGAGAUCAAUUUAGGUGAUACGAAGCUACGAGCCGUCAAUGGUCACACCUCGGUCACCCUGGGGAGCUUGUUGGACGACCAGCACUGGCACUCCAUCACCAUCGAACGGUACAACAAGCAGGUGAAUUUCACCGUGGAUAAGCACACGCAGCACUUCCGGACCAAGGGAGAGUUCGACUACCUGGACAUUGAUUACGAGCUCAGCUUUGGAGGGAUUCCAGUUCCAGGCAAGUCGGUGACCUUCCUAAGGAAGAACUUCCAUGGCUGCAUUGAAAAUCUCUACUACAAUGGAGUGAAUAUUAUUGAUCUUGCCAAGAGACGCAAACCUCAGAUACAUGUUGUGGGCAAUGUGACCUUCUCAUGUGUCAACCCGCACAUCGUUCCAGUCACCUUUGCGACUUCCAGCAGUUACCUCCUGCUGCCCGGCAAGUCUCAAAUGGACGGUCUCUCGGUGAGCUUCCAGUUCCGCACCUGGAACAAGGACGGGCUGCUGCUGUACAAUGAGUUCCACGGCAGGUCGGGAGUGUUGCAGAUCUACAUGCUCAAGGGGAAGCUCAAAAUCACCGUCCACAAGAUGUCGUGGAGCCAGGCUGACAUCAGCACAGGUGUUAAUCUAAAUGAUGGUCUGUGGCACUCUAUCAAUUUGAAUGCCAGAAGAAAUCGUGUUAGCAUCAUAUUGGACAAUAAUGCAACUUCAACCUUUCAUUCAACCAUUCAGAUGCAGAUUUACUCUGGGAGCAGCUAUUAUUUUGGAGGUUGCCCCGAACAAACUGCUGACACUGAUUGUUCAAAUCCCUUUGGUGCGUUUGAAGGCUGCAUGCGACUUAUUCUGAUAGACAACCAAGCAGUGGAUCUCAUUUUAGUACAACAGGGUCUACAGGGGAACUUCACCGACCUAUACAUAGACCUGUGUGGCAUCCAGGACAGGUGUUUGCCAAAUUACUGUGAGCACGGCGGGGAAUGUUCUCAGUCCUGGAACACCUUUCACUGUGACUGCGCAGGGACGGGCUACACUGGAGAAACUUGCCACAGCUCUUUGUAUGAAAAGUCGUGUGAAGCUUACAGACACAGAGGGCAAAUGUCAGACUUCUUCUCCAUUGAUCCCGAUGGAAGCGGUUCACUGAAGCCCCUUCUUGUGUACUGCAACAUGACAGAAGAAAAAACGUGGACAGUAAUUCAGCACAACAACACAGAGCUCACCCAAGUCCAGGGCUCCAGUUCGAGCAAGCCUCAGCUCGUGCACUUGAGCUACACUGCCAACAGGGAACAACUCCAGGCUAUGAUCAACAACAUGGAUUACUGUGAGCAGGAAGUAUCUUACCACUGCCGAAGGUCACGCCUUUUAAACACGCCGGGUGGGAGCCCAUUUACCUGGUGGAUUGGGAGGACCAAUGAGAAACAGACUUACUGGGGAGGUUCAUUGCCGGGAGUUCAGAAAUGUGCUUGUGGAAUGGAGGAGAGUUGCCUGGACAACAAGUACCAGUGUAACUGCGAUGCUGACAAAGAUGAAUGGGCAAACGACACAGGCCUUCUCUCAUACAAAGAUCACUUGCCUCUGACCCAGCUUGUCAUUGGAGACACUAACAGGACACGAUCUGAAGCUGCCUACAGACUCGGCUCGCUCCGUUGCAAUGGAGACAAUAAUUACUGGAACGCCGCCUCAUUCAACACCAAGUCGUCAUAUCUACAUUUCCCCACCUUCCACGGGGAGUUAAGUGCGGACAUUACGUUUUUCUUUAAAACCGCCGCAUCCUCGGGCGUAUUCCUGGAGAAUCUGGGCAUCAAAGACUUCAUCCGGAUUGAACUAAGCACCCCAGUGGAGGUUCUCUUCUCCUUCGACGUGGGCAACGGGCCUUUCAUGGUGGCCGUGAGAUCGCCAACGCAGCUCAACGACAACCAGUGGCAUUACGUUCAUGCCGAGCGGAACAUCAAGGCGGCGUCGCUACGAGUGGACCACCUUCCACGGAAGGCACGAGAGGCGCCGCCCGAAGGCCACAUCCACUUGCAGCUCAACAGCCAGCUCUUUGUAGGUGGGCCGGCCACAAGGCAGAAAGGGUUCAUUGGGUGCAUUCGAGCUUUGCAGAUGAACGGGGUGAACCUUGAUCUGGAAGAACGGGCCAAAAUGACUCCCGGAGUCAGGCCGGGCUGCCCAGGCCACUGCACGAGUUAUGGCAACCUGUGUCACAAUGGAGGGAGAUGCAUAGAGAAAUACAACGGCUAUUCGUGCAACUGCACUCCUUCCGCCUACGAUGGGCCCUUCUGCAAGACAGAGGUUUCUGCCUUCUUUGAGGUCGGGACAUCUCUGAUCUACAACUUUCAGGAGUUUUAUGGGAUUGCCAAGAACUUAAGUGCGCACUUGUCUGCCAUCUACAUGGGCAAAACUAUAUCCACGGAGAAUACAGCUUUCAGUUUCCGAACAACCCAAGCUCCCACUGUCCUCCUCUAUAUUGACACGUACCACGAUGAAUACUUGGCUGUGCUGUUACAGCAAAAUGGGAGCUUGCAGGUCAGAUACAGGCUGGACAGUAACAAACAUCCUGACAUCUUCAGUCUCAACAGUGGAAACCUUGCAGAUGGACUACUCCACAGUGUCAAAAUCGACCAAGAAGGACCAAGUGUCCAUGUUGAGAUUGACCAGUUACAUUCCAUGAGCUACAAACUGUCUUCAGAUACUGCAUUCAAUGGGCUGAAGUCUCUUGUCCUGGGCAAGAUUGUGGAUACUGCCCGUCUUGACCAGGAGAUACUGAACGCAAAUACACAGGGUUUUGUUGGCUGCCUCUCUUCAGUUCAGUUCAAUUGGAUCGCACCACUAAAGGUGGGACUACGGCACUUCACCUCUGCCCCAGUGACCAUUAAAGGGGACCUGGUCGAAUCUGACUGCCAAUCUUCAAUGAUGACGGAACCAAUAGCUGUGACCACGGCACUUUCAUUUGCAGAUAACUCCAAGCCCACUGAGGAGGAAGCACCAUUGCAAAAGGCAGUCAGAAGUGAUUCCGCAGUUAUUGGAGGUGUGAUAGCCAUCGUGAUUUUCGUCAUCCUCUGCAUCAUUGCCAUCACGGGCCGCCUGCUGUAUCAGAACAAAGGCACCUAUCGAAAUAACGAAGCCAAACGGACGGAGUACGCUGAGGCUCCAGACGUGGCGAUGAGGAGCAAGGCCAAUUACCAGGACGCCGUUAGCGAUGGCAAGAAGGAGUAUUUCAUCUGACAGCGACACAGGCCCUCCUUGUCCACGACGACAGAUUAUUUAUACCAACAGCUUGGGAUUGCUUCCGUGCUCUCUACGAGUUAAGCUCCAAGACACUGCAGACUAAACAGCCAAAACGUUAGCUCAAAGCACACAGACAGCCUCGGUCUGUCUCCCUGACAGUGCUGGAUAUAACCCUAUUGUUUCCUGCUUAACUAAUUGCCAGCUGACAAGGAGUAGAACGAAGUGUCUACGAGUCUAAGGUUUUCGAGUAACAGUGGCUAUUGUUAAGUGUAGCUACACUCCUUCUCAGAGCGAUGUAAAACAUUCAUAUAAACUUUUAAAUGUAACCUGAUACUCGGUUGAUCCUUACCACAUUCAUUCCCUUAUAUUUUUAAUUGACAGGGUACUACCAUGUUAACUCUGAGGAAGGUGAACUAGUUAAGUGCUGAUUUAAGGUGCAGCCUUCAUUUUUUUGCCGAACGACUAACUUAUUAUUGAUCUGAUGAUCUAUUUUAGAAGAAACCCAAUUAGAUGAAGUAAAAAUGGUUCAUGUUA